AUGCCCCUAACCCCGCACGCCCGCUCGACCUACCGCGCCCUCCUCCGCGAACACCCGCGCCGCUCCCUCCCAAAAACAAACCCAACCGCUACAACCCCCCUCCACGCCCGCCUCCGCGACCACUUCCGUGCCACCGCGGCAACGCCGCAAUUCACAAACGUCGCGACAAACCCAAACACACAUGAGACGGAAGAAUGGGAGAAGAUGAAGGGACGGUUGCAGGAGGCGGAGCAGUUGGCGGUUUAUGCGAGGGCGCAGAGGACGUAUGCGACGCUGUUGGAACGGUAUAAUCCUGGGAUGAGCAUGGAUGAGGAGGAGAGGAUUAGGCUUACGGCUAGGAGGGUGGGGUGGGAUUUACCGGUUGUUGGUGGGGGAGAAAAAUGA